AAAUCCCGCCAACUAUUCGGUUAAUUUCGCUACAUCCGAAGAGAAACGCGAUUGUGAAUCUUUGGGAAACGCUUGAGGAAGUCUCCGAGGGAAUUUAGGAGGCAGCGAUGGCGGAUUUGGACCACCGGUAGAUACUGGAAGCAGAGUGAGCGAGAGAGGGAGAGGGAGAGGGAGAGAGUUUGAAGAUAUUCUCCUGCGAGUUUGUGAAGUUUGGUAAUGGCAUGAUUCUGUACGCGUUAAUGGAGCAGGGGGCUUUAUAGAGAUUGUAAAGGGUAGAUUUUUUGCCUUUUUCUUCUCUGGUUUUCGCUAUUCCGGCGACGUGUUUGGUUGUUUCUGGUUUGCUUGAUAUGGGCGCUGGCUGGAGGCGAAUAACGGCGGUGGGCUGUGGGAGUGUGGAGCCGGAAGGAAAGAGGAGGGGGAGAGGGCUUAGGACGAUGCAGGCUGGGAGGGCGUCUUGCCGGGGUAGCUAGGCUGGAUGGAGCCGUGAAAGGACGGUGCAUCUUUGAUCUUAUUAAGCUUGAUUACCGUCUCUUCGAUAACGAGCACGGGUUCUUGUCGGAGUUCUUUGGAGAACUUUUUUUUUUUUUUUUUUUUUUUUUUUGAGCAGACUGAUGGGGUUUGAUCUGAGAGAGGCGCUUCAACGCCUCUGCGUCGAGAUUGGGUGGUCGUAUGCUGUUUUCUGGAGGGCGAUCGGAUCGCCAGUCCCGACGCAUUUGGUCUGGGAAGAUGGAUAUUGGUGUGGGAAAACACAACUUUCAGGGUGCGAUGACGUGAGUUUUCAUGUUAAUUUGUCUGGUGAAUUUCAAAGACAAGGAGAGGGCACCAUAGAUGAGCUGGUUAGCAAGUCCAUGGUACCGCAGGUUCAUGCUAUAGGAGAUGGGAUAGUCGGACAAGCUGCUUCAAUAGGAAAUCAUAAAUGGAUUCUCAGAGAUGUUGCUAUUGGCAGGGAACCCAUUUACUCGCAUUCGUCGGAGUUGAGAAACCAAUUUUUGUCAGGGAUUCAGACAAUUGUUAUCAUACCUCUGCUUCCACAUGGUGUUGUACAAUUUGGUUCUAUCCUGAGGGUUAUGGAGAAUAAUCUGUUUAUAAAUCAUGUAAAGUCUUCUUUUAUGCGGUUGGUAUGUGAACCAGGGUCUUACGUUUCCGUUCAAGAGGAUUUGUAUCGGAGCGGUCUUCAACCUUCAUCCUUUAGCUCUGCAGUUUCUGAUUACCAAUUUCAAGAUGAUUGCAGCAAUAUAGAUAGAUCCUUAUCUGUGAGAUGCAACCGUCAGCUUUCUAUAUCUUCAUUUUCAAAAUCAUUGAGCCAGGCUUCUUCUUUAUCCACGGGGUGUCAUGAAAAUCUUUCCAAAAUUGAUGCAGAACGGCUGUUGAACAAGAAAAUUGUGAGUAGUUCAUUUCGCCCUGUUGCUGUGUCGUGCAGGCCUAUGAUUCAUUCAACUGGAAACUCUGCCUUGCAUCUCAAUAAAAGGCUUGAAAAUGGACUGGUGGGGGCUCACGUAAUAUCACAUAGGGAUAUUCUGUCUGCAGCAAAUGGGACUUGUACUACUGACAAUGCAUCUUUCAAAGGAGUGAACUUCCCGUUUGUGUGUGGUAGCAGAAAUCAGGAACCUGCUAUUGGUAUUAAGGCCUCAGCAGAAAACAUGUUUGGAGAUCUUGACAUGUAUUCUCUUCAUCCAAAUUCUGCAACCUCGGAGUCCGCAAAUGGUUAUGGAAAAUUUACUUCAGCUGCAGCUUGCACUAAAGAAGAUAUCCAGAGUCUUCAGGGCAUGACACGGAGUAUUAACACCUCAAAUGGAAACGAAGGAAUUCCAAUGAGCCAUGGUUUAAAGGAUUCCAUCAUCAACAACUGCCAAGGAAUGCCAAGUUCUCGCCAUCUAAACCAGAAACAUGAUUUACCAGCGCCCCAUGGGUUUUCAUCCAGACCCUGUUCAAGUACCAUUAGAGCUAGUCUAGGGACUGAGAGUGCAAACAGUUAUUUGAAUCCCAUUCAAAACGAUGAAAGUUUGCAGAGUCGAGGAAUUGAGAUUGACUCUACUCCCUUUCUUUUACCAAAUGAGAAAUCUUCACUUUUCCUUCCAUUGGCUACUUCAGGGGAUGAUCUAUUUGAUGUGUUGGGUAUUUAUGGCAGUUUGGAUAGAGGUUUUGCUGACCAGCAAUUGGCUGUAGAUGUUACUUCUUGCAAUACAAAAGUGAACCAUCCCCCUAUGGCUUACUCUCUAAAUAAUGAUUUAUCUCGUGCUGAUAUAUUUUCAGAAUCCAAUACCGACCAGUUGUUGGAUGCUGUCGUUUCAAAGAUCAAUCCAGCUGCCAAAAGGUGUUUUGAUGAGAAUACAUCUUACAAGACAUCAACAACAAAAGUUAGCGGUUCAUCAGUCUUUUGCAGUUCUCUUAGUAAUGAUGGGUCUGCUUCAUCAGGAAAAAAACAUGAAGGUUAUAUUUCUCCUUCAUUGUUGACAAGUAAUGCAGAAACAGCAGCUUCAACUCCUGUGAGAUCAGGUGAUAGUAUGGAUGACACUGAACGGUCAGGCUGUUAUAGAUCUCAAAUUUGCUUAUGGGCUGAAAGUGGGCAAAACAUGAAAAGUGAUAAACUGUAUGAUUCACAUGCUGAAAGGGUUGAUGAAAUAAACAAGGUUAAUCGGAAACGGCCAAGGCCUGGAGAGACCCCAAGACCAAGGCCUAAAGACCGCCAGUUAAUAAUGGACCGUGUCAAGGAAUUACGAGAAAUUGUGCCUAAUGGGGCUAAGUGUAGCAUUGAUGCUUUAUUGGAAAAGACCAUCAAGCACAUGCUAUUCCUGCAAAGUGUGGCCAAGCAUGCAGACAAGCUGAGAGAUUCUGGAGAACCAAAGAUCAUCAGUAAGGAUGGAGUUGUCCUCUUAAAAGAUAAUUUUCAAGGCGGUGCAACCUGGGCAUUUGAAGUUGGUUCUCAACCCAUGACAUGUCCGAUCAUAGUCGAGGAUCUUAAUCCACCUCGUGAAAUGCUCGUGGAGAUGCUUUGCGAGGAGCGAGGAGUCUUUUUGGAGAUAGCUGAUUUAAUCAGAGGCUUGGGUCUGACCAUCCUGAAGGGAGUGAUGGAAGCUCGCAAAAACAAAGUUUGGGCACGCUUUGCAGUGGAAGCAAACAGGGAUGUGACAAGAAUGGAGAUUUUUCUAUCACUUGUUCGCUCGCUAGAACCAGUUCAUAACAGUUCAUAUCCAGUUUAUAACUGCAACAUGCCUAAUAAACUUAUCUGAUCCUUUUCAAUGAGCUGUUUGAUUUUGAUUUUGCCUCUUCUUCUAGUUCAGGGAAUGCUGAGAGCAGGUCUCGGCAUUGACUGCUAUGACUGGCAUUCCCAUGGUUUCCUUGGAUGCUAGCGCUGUAAUUAGGGCUGUUAAUGGUGUGUAAGCUUAUUUUGUAGAAUUGCUAGUGCUUGUUUUUUUUUUUGUUUUCUUUCUCCUUUUUGUUUUGUCCAAUUUGGUUUCAGCUUCUGGGAUGAUUCCCUUUGGAUUAUAUGAUGUAUUGUGUUAGUGAUAUGGAAUGUGGUGGCUGGUUGAACAAAA